AUGACUGCGAUAAAACGCUUAAGCACACCGCCCCUAUCUGCAUUCAGCCAGCACGAGGAAUUAGCUCAAGGCCAUGGGAAAUUAGAAAAGAUAAAAGACAUAAUACUCGUGUUCGAGCUAAGAAAGGAAUAUAGGUAUGCUAAUGUCCUAUCAAUCUUCCAGGCAAUCUCAUUUGAUAUUCCAACUAACAUCGGCAUCGCCCCUCUCCAACGAAAUACUUUCUUCUUUUGUUUUUUAUCGGUAAUAAAAUGGAACAUCUUUUUUUUUUUCAGGGAAAAAACAAAAGAACACACAAGUAGUUCGUGGUGCUUCUGGCACAGGCGGCGCUUCGUGGUAGCGCUGCUGGCUUUCUUCGGCUUCUUCAAUGUGUACGCGUUGCGAGCCAACCUUUCGGUAGCGGUCGUCGCCAUGACAGAACCAGUGGAGACCAAGCUUGAGAACGGCACAAUCAUAUUUGCGCCAGAAUUCGACUGGAGCUCGCAAACCAAAGGGCUGGUACUGAGCUCCUUCUUCUACGGGUACUUAGUGACGCAACUGCCCGGCGGCUGGCUCGCAUCUAAAAUAGGAGGUAACAGGGUGUUCGCGAUAGGCAUCGGGGCCACAUCGCUGCUGACUCUACUGACGCCGCCAUUGGCGUAUACAAGCACCGGCCUGCUUAUCGCUGUGCGGGUAGUGGAAGGACUUUUUGAGGGUGUGACGUAUCCCUGCAUCCACGCGGUAUGGGCCCGCUGGGCGCCAAGCGAGGAGCGCGCGCGCCUCGCGACUUUCGCAUUCAGCGGUAGUUACGCCGGCACCGUGGUGUCUAUGCCUGUGUGUUCCAUGCUCGCGAAAUAUACCGGCUGGCCGGGGAUAUUCUACGUUUUUGGAAUAAUGGGACUGGUGUGGACGACGAUAUGGUGGUUGGUGGUCAAGGAGUCGCCUGAAAAAGACCCUCUUAUAACUCCGGCUGAACUAAAAUACAUACAGGAGUCUCGUGGCACUCAAGCAGUGGAAGGCUCGCACACACGGCACCCGUGGCGCGCCAUGCUGACGUCAGCACCGGUGUGGGCCAUCGUCAUGGCGCACUUCAGUGAAAACUGGGGCUUUUACACGCUGCUUACGUUCCUACCUACUUUCAUGCAAGACGUGUUCAAGUUCGAGACGUCCCAAACUGGCUGGUUAGCUGCUGUACCAUAUCUCGCCAUGGCCAUAGUACUUCAAGUGGCGGGACACUUAGCCGACUGGCUUCUAAGGAGAGGGACGUUGACGAGGACCAAUAUCAGGAAGCUGUUCAACUGCGGCGCUUUUAUUUCGCAGACAAUAUUCAUGGUAGCAGCUGCAUACGCUACGACUGUGACCAGCUGUUUGAUCUGCCUCACCAUCGCGGUUGGAUUGGGAGGCUUCGCGUGGUCUGGAUUUAGUGUAAACCACUUGGAUAUCGCGCCACCGCAUGCCAGCGUACUAAUGGGCGUGUCUAACACCGUGGCUACGUUGCCUGGCAUCAUCAGCCCGCCUCUUGCCGGCGCCAUCGUCACUGACAAGACCGCAGAACAAUGGCGCAUCGUGUUCUUCAUAUCCAGCAUCAUCUAUCUAAUCGGCGCCAUAAUCUACGGAAUAUUCUGCUCAGCCGAAAAACAACAUUGGGUGGUUGAAGUAGACUCCGACGCGAGUUUCGACACAGAUGGCGCGUCAGUCGCAACGCAACGCGAGAACAGUCGGUACGGGAUUGAUGGCGUUGCAUACGGGUAUGAUAACAAGGCUAUGGAUCAGAACUCGGAAAUGUAAG